CGGACACUGGUUGUUGAACGCGACGAGCGGCGAUGAACGCGGCGGCGACAUGUAGACGACUCGCGCGACGCCAGCCAGCCGCGCUCGCCCUCAGACACUAUGCUUCGCGUGCGGCGACACCGACGGCGAACAGGCAGCCGACGACCACCGCAGGCCGUGGGCACGUCACGAAAAUGAAGACGGCGGGGAACCCAAAGCAGGUCCCGCAGACCGCGCAGCAUCCGGAGAACGUACGGACAACACCGAGCAAGACGGAGGUGGCGCAGGCAGCGACGACGACGGCCAGGCAACAGGGCAAUGCAUCGGCAGCGGCAGGACUCACCGCAAGCGGCGAGAGCGUGGAGGAGGCGCUACGCAAGCUACAAGAGUUGCAGCCUAAUACGAAGACCAGCAACUCCCUCGCGCAGGUGCUCAAACAGGCGAGCGCAACACGGCGCGCGGCAGGGCAGGCAGCGGAGAAGGAGAAGACGGAGGGGAUGGAGUACCAAGAGCGCGUCGCACACCUGCUCGACCAGAUCGAGUACAUGUGCAACAUGGGCCUCGAUCCCUUCGCUGGCGACCUCGGCACUAUGGACGUACACCUCCCCGUGCGCGCCGCGCAUCUCCUCACCCCCGCCUCCAUCCGCGCGGACGCGGAAGCGGAGGGGAAACCCACCACGCAGGUCGCGCGCGCGCACGUUAGCCGCGCUUUCAACGUCCUCGGCGACAACGUUCGGAAUCACCUGAAGAACGCGACGAGCUUGAUACAGCUGCUGAUGAAGUCGCCGGAGACGCUUACCUUCGACGCGCCGAGGAGACCACGGUUUUCCAACUGGUCGCGCCCUUCGUGGUUGGGCGGGUCCCCUGAGACGGCUCAGCUGCGCCAGCUUGGGUUGCAGGAGCCCUGGAAGCAGUCUACCACCGGCACGGUCGCUCAGAUUAACCCGGACGGCUCUAUCGCACCAUUGCCGCGCGCCCCUGCCCGCCCACCUUCGCUCUGGCGUCGCUUCACCCGCUAUAUCCACCCCUGGGUCGCCGGCGUACGCUCUCCAUGGCUCUCUGGGAUGAUCCGCGAGAUGGAGCAGGCAUACGUUGAGACGUUGCGUGCUGCUGCCAACGGCGACAAUGCCACCGUACGCAAGUACACCUGUCACACCUACCAGGAGACCGCGCUCAAGCUUCGCGACAUGCUGCCGCAAGCUAAGGUCCACAUCUUCAACCUCCACGCCUUCGAGCGCCCGACCGAGGUUCUCUCCAUUCGCGCGCAUGAGAUGUACAUCGCCCGCUCUCCCCCCAAGCACGGCGACCGCUGCAUGAUCCAGGCGCUCGUCAAGCUCGACUCCUGGCAGUCCAUUGAGUCGUACGACAAGCAGGGGCGCCCGCUGCACCUCACGGAGGCGCAGAAGAAGGAGUACGGGACGAUUCAGCCGGGCCGCCGCUACCCCGCCGUCCCCCGUCGCGUGACCGAGUACCUCGUCUUUGAGCGCAAGAACUGGCAGGAUGCGCCGUGGACCGUGCGCGAGGAGGCCUGGGUCGGGAAGGGUGCGAUUGCGAAGGUGUAACUGGAGCGACUGCGAGGGCGUAGCAGGGAGCGAUCGCACAGGUGCAGACGGAACUGACUGCCGAGGCACGGCUGCGCGGGUAUGUCGUUGAGCGUUGGUAUACCUUAUUGCAUCAGGCUGCAUAAUACGCAAGCAAUAUUACUCGCAUCACCGCUUUCGAUCACCAGAGGCUGGACGAUUGCAUCGAUGCCCAACUGCAAUGCGACGAUGAGACCUCUGAAGAUGUCCCUGACCGCGGU